GAUCCCGCUAAUUGCUAUAUAUAGGAUAAUCAGAGCCUUUGAAAGUGCUGCGUGAACGAAACAGUACUGAAAGCUGAGAACUGCGUUUGUUUUGUUACGGGUGGUAUGUGUUUUGUUCACGGAGUGGAAAAUAAGUGGCAGAAAUGUGUAACGUAGAGCAAGCUUCUGUAGUUGAUAUAAAGAGUGAAAUAUCAAAUUGUAGCCAGACCAGUUGCGGAAUACCACUAGUAGGAGAUGAUUUGUCAUAUGCAGAAUUCUUCGAGAAUUUUAUGUUGAAAAAUUAUCCCGUAAUAAUAAAGGGUAAUUUUACAAAGGAAUGGGAGAGCGCUACAAAGUGGGUUAAAGAUGAUAAACCCAUGUUUUCGUACCUUAAAGAAAAUUUUGGGCAAACUGAAGUACCUGUAGCUGAUUGUGGUAGAAGACACUAUAAUGUCCAGGAAAAAAGCACAUUUAAACUUUGUGAUUACCUUGAUUAUUGGUCAGAUUAUAUAAGAAAUGACUACCCAGAGACAAUGCCGUGCUUUUACUUAAAGGACUGGCAUUUCACAAGAGACUUUCCCCAACAUUUGAUCUACCGCACUCCUCAGUAUUUUGCCAGUGAUUGGCUUAAUGAAUACUAUUAUGACCAUAAAAAUAAAAAUGAUGAUUAUAGAUUUGUGUAUAUGGGUCCUAAAGGUUCAUGGACUCCAUUUCAUGCUGAUGUAUUCACAUCAUUUAGUUGGUCUGUAAAUAUUUGCGGUCAGAAGAGAUGGUUGCUGUUUCCUCCAGGACAGGAAAGUUUUUUAAGAAAUAAGUUUGGAAACUUACCAUAUGACUGUACAAGUGAUGAACUUAAAAAUGAAGAUUUGUUUCCAGAAUAUAAAAAAUUAAAUCCUCCAUAUGAAAUAUUACAGCAAGCCGGUGAAGCAGUAUUUGUUCCUUCUGGCUGGCAUCAUCAAGUUUGGAACAUGAAAGACACAAUUUCCAUCAAUCACAACUGGGUUAAUGGCUGCAACAUCAAAACAAUGUGGUUGUCAUUGAAGAAUCAUUUGGCUGCUGUGAAAAAGGAAAUAGAAGAUUGCAAGGAAAUGGAGGAAUGGAAUAGCCACUGUCAAAUAAUGCUUAGAGCUUCUUUUGGGUUAGACUAUGAAGAAUUUUAUAGGUUUUUAUUACAUAUUAGCAAGAAAAGAAUUGAGUCUCUUCAUGGAAAGGAUGAUUUAAUAGUUUAUGGAAAUUGGAGAAUUGGCAGAAAUCAUAUUGUUUUUGAUUUGCUUAAGAUAAAUGAAGUUUUGAACCUCUUCCUCUCUGACACUGACUGUGAAAUUGCACUGAAGGAACUGGAUGUACAGAAACCAAAAGACCUGUUGUCUGAAAUAAAUUCAGUGGUAUAAAUUCAGCUGAGGGAAAGCAGAUGGUGCCAUAGUGACAGUUUCAAUACUGCAACAUGGUUCAUAACAUUGUUUUGCAGAGGAGUCUGAAGUACUGAACACAUGGAAAAGAUCAACUGGGAAACAUACCAAAGACAGUGAUAAUAGACACACACACACACACACACACACACACACACAGAGAGAGAGAGAGAGAGAGAGAGAGAGAGAGAGAGAGAGAGAGAGAGACUCACUCACCCUAGCUUCACUCACCCUAACUUCACCCAUCCUGCAUUCACACCCUCUUCUCCAUAUGCUCCCUCGUUCUCUAUUCUAUCACCUCCUCCAUACUUUUGUGUGCUGCCCACAUACUCUCUUCCAGCCAUCAGCCACCCUUGUCUAAUACACUGCCCUGCUCCCCUCCUCCUUUCUCCUCAUCCCAUACAAUCCUCUCACAGCAGGAAAACUGCAGUACUGGUUUACUUACAUCAUUAGCAACUAUCAGCUUUGUAAUGAUAGUCUUAGCAGGUCACAUGAAAUUUCACACAGAGAGACUUGCCAAAGCCUCAUCACUCAGUUACAGAGUACUGCAUAGAAACAAUGACUGGAGCUCCUAAUUUAAUACUUCAGCAGCAAAAACCAGUUUCAUGUACUAUCAUCAUCUUCCACUUUAUCGUGGUUAUGAAAGUAAUAGUACAGCAUUUAUACUCUUUCUUUCAUGAUUAUAUGCAAAUUCAUGACAGUCUGUUGUAAAAACAAAACAGGAUUGAAACUGUUGAUGUAUUUGUCUCAUAAUAUAUCUGCAAGGUAUGUACAUGAAAACCGAGCAAGGUGGUGUGGUUAUUAGCACACUGGGCUUGCAUUUCAUAGGAUCUGACUGUCCUGGUACAGGUUUUCUGUGAUGUCCAUAAAACACUCCAGGCAAAUGGCGGGAUGGUUCCUUUGAAAGAACACAGUUGAUUUCCUCUCCCAUCUUUGAAACAUUCUGAGCUUGUGCUCUGUCUCUGAUGACCUCGGCAUCGACAGGAUGGUAAACCCUAAUCUUCCUUCCUUCCUUUUACAAGAAAAUUGUAAUAUAAAAUGGAGAAAGACUAAGAACUUUCCUAAACAGUACUUUUGAGUUUGAUACACAGACCAACCUAAUUAUUACAAGUUCAAUGUAGCAGAGUAACAGCAUGUACUGUUUAACUUAUGUACAGUAAUUGUGACAGAUCUCAAAUUCUCUCCAAAUAGCUUUGAACAAUGUGUUAAUAAAAAUGAAAACAGUUUACUCUGAAAAUCAUAAACAGUAUACGUGUUGUUCAAUCGAUGUAAUAAAGGUUGUGGACAGGCACGACAAAGUGCUGGUAGGCAGAACAGUUUGUACAUUUAUAUUAAUUUGCAAUUUUGCUUUCAUAGAAAUGCCUGUCUCCAUCUGAUCAUUCAAUUAGCACCUUUUCUCACUAUUAGGAAUUACCUCAUGCACCGUGCUUGUCAAAUGUGCUGAAUACAGCAGGAUAGUAAUGCUGAUUCAUUUUACUGUAGACAAACCACAGCAUAGAUUAUGCAUAAGAAGACAAUUCACAAACAAAUACAAAACAUAAAAUAACAAAUGCAAUCAAAUGUCAUAGUUUCAAUUAGUAAAUAAGAUAAUUAGUUGCUCUUUGUCAUUUCAGUAUUUAUAUACUGUUUGAUGAAUUGUCCCUGCAAUAUUCAGCUGCU